AUGGAGCAGCUGAGUCAGGACGUAAAGAGAUUUUCCCACCUCUGUGCUUCAUCGCGAUCGGCUCGUCCUAGCAACUGCUAUCGCCGCCGUCUCUGUCCCGGCAACGGGUCGUCGUCAGGGCUGCUGACCUCUGACCCCACACAGCUGCUCAGCCAUCGUGUGUCCCCUCAUUCCCAGUCCUCUGCUCCCUGCUUGUUCCCUGAUUACCUGUUUAAGCUUCUUCUAAUUGGCGACUCUGGAGUUGGAAAGUCUUGUCUUCUGCUGCGUUUUGCGGACGACACCUACACUGAGAGCUACAUCUCAACCAUUGGAGUUGACUUCAAGAUCAGGACCAUCGACAUGGAUGGGAAGACAGUGAAGCUGCAGAUUUGGGACACUGCAGGCCAAGAGAGGUUUCGAACAAUCACCUCCAGCUAUUACAGAGGAGCACAUGGUAUCAUCAUUGUUUACGACGUCACAGAGCAGGAGUCCUUCAACAAUGUAAAGCAGUGGCUGGACGAGAUAGAGCGUUAUGCCUGUGAGAACGUCUCCAGGCUGCUGGUGGGAAACAAAUCGGACCUGGUUGGUAAGAAAGUGGUGGAUGCUGCCACAGCUCAGGAUUUGGCCUUAUCCCUGAAGAUCCCCUUCCUUGAGACCAGUGCCAAGAGCUCUGACAACGUGGAGAAGGCCUUCCUCACCAUGGCCUCUGAGAUCCACAAGCGGCUGGCCAGUGAAGGAGGGGGCAUGCAGGGUGUGUCGACACAGGCCAGGGGUCAGACCACCAAGAUCAACAGCGCACCCGUGUGGCUCGGUGGGGACAAACAGACGCCGGAGACCAGUACCUGCUGCUGAGGGAAACACGUCCACAUCAAUUAUCUCCAGGGCUAAAUGUAUACCCAAUUGCACUUAUUGUCAUGUUUACUGUUAAAGUUUAAACAUAAAACUAGGAUGCUGGAAAGUUGUUUUUUCAACAAUCUUUCUUGUAGCAGUAUGGGGGAAAGUAAAUGAAAGGGAAUGUUUUUUUUUAAGCUAUGACAACUUAGAAAGUUGAACCAAAAAGCUGUUAUAUGAGCUAACUGAUAAUAAAAAGAAUGUAUAAUGAACGUUUAUUUCUUAUGGUUAUGAGUUUUUUUUAAUAUGUU